ACUCAAGCACCGGUGAGCGAGUGAGUGUGAAACAAGACCUGCAGUACUUUGCACACAGCAGGAAAGGAGCUCAGCAGCAGCAACAAACAGCAGCGGAAUAUCAGCAAACAUGAACUCAAAUCCUGUUGUCAUCGUUUCUGCCGCACGGACACCAAUUGGGUCCUUAAAUGGUUCUUUGUCCACGGUACCUUUGCACGACUUGUGUUCAGUGGUGAUUAAAGAUGUCCUAAAGCGGGCGGAAGUGAUGCCGGAGCACGUGUCCGAAGUCAUCAUGGGCCACGUCCUGACGGCAGGUCAUGGUCAGAACCCGGCGCGUCAGGCCAGUGUCGGAGCAGGCAUCCCCUAUUCGGUGCCAGCGUGGAGUUGCCAGAUGGUGUGUGGCUCUGGGCUGAAAGCGGUUUGUCUGGCGGCCCAGUCCAUCCAGACUGGGGAGUCCACUGUGGUGGUGGCGGGCGGCAUGGAAAGUAUGAGCAGGGCUCCUCACAUGCUGCACAUGAGAGCAGGAGUAAGAAUGGGCGACGCCUCCCUCCAGGACUCCAUGGUGGCCGACGCCCUGACGGACGCCUUCCACGGCUACCACAUGGGCAUCACAGCGGAAAAUGUGGCCAAGCAGUGGGGCAUCAGUCGAGAGGCGCAGGACAUGUUUGCUCUGGGCUCGCAGAACAAAGCAGAGGCUGCACAGAAAGCAGGAUACUUCCAGCAAGAGAUUGUUCCAGUGGUGGUUCCGUCUCGGAAAGGUCCAUUGGAAGUGACGGUGGAUGAGUUUCCUCGCCAUGGCAGCAACCUUGAGAGCAUGUCGAAGCUCAAGUCGUGUUUCAUCAAGGACAGCAGUGGCACUGUCACCUCUGGGAACGCCUCAGGUAUUAACGAUGGAGCAGCCGCCACCGUGCUCAUGAGUCUAUCAGAAGCUUCGAAGCGAGGCAUAACACCCAUGGCCAGGAUUGUGUCUUGGGCCCAAGCUGGUAUUGAUCCAGCCAUCAUGGGAACUGCACCGAUACCUGCCAUCAGGAAAGCGAUUGAGAAAGCAGGAUGGCAACUAGACCAGGUAGAUCUGUUUGAAAUCAACGAGGCCUUCGCUGCCCAGUCCAUUGCUGUGGUUAAGGAACUUGGACUAAAAGAAGAAAAGGUGAAUGUAAACGGGGGUGCCAUCUCACUGGGUCACCCUGUGGGGAUGUCUGGCUGCAGAGUGCUGGUGACACUUCUUCACACCCUGCAGAGGACGGGGGGCAGGAAGGGAGUGGCGUCCCUGUGCAUCGGAGGAGGGAUGGGCAUCGCCAUGUGUGUGGAGAGGGUCUGACAGAUCUUUAAUCAGUCAUUUCAAUUAUUUGCACCUGAGGUGUGCCAAAGAUUGCUAUUUUACCUGCCUGACAAUAGUGACCUUGUUUUUCUCACUGUGCACUUCCCAACUGUGACUUAAUGCAUUUGGCAAACAGUAGUAUAUAUAGAUGUCUGCUACUCUCUGCAUUUGAAGAAAUGGUUGUUUUAAAAGAGCUGCAUCAAGUAUCCAUCCUGUGCUUACUUACACUAAAAAAAUAUUUUACGGUCUAUUCAUACCUUUAAAAUCAAGACAUUCCUCAUUAUUUGUGUGCCAUGCAGUUAUGACUGUCUUUACUGUACUAUUUACAGGAGUAAAUAGCCUGAAAUGAGGCAAUAAAACUUAAAGCAGUCAAG